AUGAAGAAAAUCCUUGGAGCAGUAUCAAAUAUUUCAACCCUUCCCGAAGAGAUUCAAGUAGACAUCUUUAUUAAGGUGCCAAUGAAAUACAUCGGGAUUUCUAGAUGCGUAUGUAAGCUCUGGCGUAACCUUCUUCAUAGCUCUAAAUUUAUUGGCUAUCACCUCAAUUAUACUAACGCAAAUAAGAACAAUCAGAAGCUCAUGUGCUUAACUAAGGACCAUUAUUCUCUACACUCCAUAGAGUAUGCUUCCGUAUCAUCAUUAUCACCAAUGCCAUCCUUUAACAAAGCUGGGAAGUGGAUUAUUGAGAUAUGUGGGUCUUGUAAUGGCUUGGUUUGCUUACGUAUCUAUGGUUGUGAUGAGAAAUGUAAUGGGAAGUAUUGCAUUUGUAUUUGGAACCCAUUGACUAGAGAAUAUAAGGAAAUGUCAGAUUCAUUUGGAACCAGUUUAUGUUUUAAGUUUCGAUGUGGGUUUGGUUAUGAUUGCAACUUUUACACUUACAAGCUGGUAAGAAUUGCCAUAAUUUAUGAAACUGGUACUCUUGAAAUUCGAGUUAAAACAUUGGCAUCAGAUUCAUGGACACAUAUUCGACCAGCACUUACAUACUCUUUUCCUGAUUGUUACGUGCAUACUUGUGGUUUGAUAUUUAAUGGAGCUCUUCAUUGGCUAGGCACUAACACCACCCAAGAAACCUCCUUUGAAGUUAUAAUGUCAUUCAAUAUUAGCACCGAGAGAUUUGAAGAUAUACGAUUACCAGAACAUACUCUGGCACAUCCCAACGGUAAAGAAUGGUGUACAAGUUUGGCAGUGUUGGGUGACAAUCUUUGUUUAUUUAAUGUUGAUCCUGAUUCCUUGGUUGAGAUGUGGGUGAUGCUAGAAUAUGGAGUAAGAGAAUCUUGGACUAAACAAUUAUCAAUCACCCACCAAGUGAAGGCACUAACAAGUGGAUUAUGGAUCUUUACGGGGCCUAGAAUUUCCGCCUGUAAAGGCUAA